AUGCUGUACAGACACACCGCUGCCCGCUCUGUCCUCAGGGCCAUCUCGAGCUCCAAUGCCUCCGUGGCCCGCUCAUCGCUGGUGAACAAUGUGUUCAAGGCCCAGUUGACCUCUUCCGCUCGCUAUCCCGCCCGCCCGACCGUGUCGCCGAGCAUGGCUCUUGCUACUCGCAAGCCUGUCACAACCGCCCUUGUCCGAUACGCCUCUAGCUCUCACAAGAGCGAUGAGGAUAUUGAUGUCAUGGCCGGUAUCAAGGGUGACGCAAAAGUCAUCAAGGAGACCUUCAGCCUUGCGGAUGUGCCCAAGGAUGCUCUCUACCUCGGCAUGGCUGGUGUGAUCCCAUACCUGGUUACCUCUCUGGAGACCGUGUACCUGGCUUACGAAAUCAACCACGCCAACGUUCACGGUGAUGGCCUCAUCUUCUCCGGCCAGAGCGCUGAACUUAUGCUACACACUCUCGAGCCGAUCCAGGUUGGAUACGGUGCUGUGAUCCUCUCCUUCCUCGGAGCUGUGCACUGGGGUCUCGAGUGGGCUGGGUACGGCGGCCGUUACGGCUACAGGCGCUACGCCGCCGGUAUUGUGGCCCCCGCUGUUGCCUGGCCUACUCUGAUGCUCCCCGUUGAGUACGCCCUCAUCUCCCAAUUCCUCGCCUUCACCUUCCUCUACUACAACGAUGCCCGUGCCGCUGUUCAGGGCCGCGCCCCUCACUGGUACGGCAUGUACCGCUUCGUCCUGACCUUCAUCGUCGGGGCCAGCAUCGUGGCCACCCUGAUUGGUCGUGAGCAGAUCUCUGGCCUUGUUGCCAAGGACCACAACAUCUCCGAGAAGAUCAGCGCCCUGCUCUACCUCCAGAAGAAGGAGAAGGAGGAGGCUGCUGAGCGCCGCAAGGCGGAGCAGGAGGAGUCCGAGUAG